CGAGCGGGAGGGAAGGAGCGCGGCGGAGCGGGGAAAGUCACAAAAGACGUGGACAUAUUUUGGAUAUUUUACAAUCUGCAGGAUUGGGGCUGCGGAGUAUAAAGGAGAAGUUGUUGGUAGCUAUGGGUACUUCCCCACGGACCUUCCUGAUCCUGGGAUGUUUUCUCACAGGACCGUUCCUAACGUUUUGCCAGCUUCCUCUGCCGACUAUUGUUCCCAAUAGGAAUGAAAUGGUGGUACAGCUGAAUUCCAAUUUCACACUCAAAUGCUCUGGAGACAGUGAAGUGAGCUGGCAGUACCCAGUGACUGAGGGAAGCCACAGGAUAGACAUCAGACAUGAAGAAAACAACAGUGGCCUCUUCGUGACGGUGCUCGAAGUAGGAAAUGCCUCAGCUGCUCAUACGGGCUUGUAUGUUUGCUAUUACAACCACACUCAAGUGGAGGAUUGGGAAGUGGAAGGGAAGGACAUCUACAUCUAUGUGCCUGACCCGGACAUGCCUUUUGUUCCUUCUAUACCAGAAGACCAGUUCAUCCUAGUAGAAGAGGGAGAUUCCACCAUUAUCCCUUGUCGGACAACUGACCCAGAUGCUGAAGUGACAUUAAUUAACAGUUUGGACAAGGCUGUCUAUGCUUUCUAUGACAGCAAGCAAGGCUUCGUAGGGAAUUUCCCUGCGGGCUCAUAUACGUGCAAAACAACGGUUAAAGGUGUGGAGUUCAAGUCUGAUGAGUUCCUCGUCUAUAUUUUAAGAGCAACUUCACAGCUGCCGGUUGAAAUUGAAGCUCUUAAAACUGUGUACAAAACAGGCGAGACCAUUGUAGUAACUUGUGUGGUCUAUGACAAUGAGGUGGUUAAUUUACAGUGGAACUAUCCUGGGAAAGUGAAAGAAAAAGGUCUGAUAAAACUUGAUGAUAUCAAAAUCCCAUCCCAGAAGCUGGUUUACACCUUGACCAUUCCCGAGGCCUCAGUGAAAGACACAGGGGAUUAUGAAUGUACUGCUCGGCAUGCAACCAAGGAGGUUAAGGAAAAUAAGAAAGUAGUCAUUACAGUUCAUGACAAAGGGUUUGUCCACCUGGAGCCUCAGUUUAGCCCUCUGGAAGCUGUCAAUCUACACGAAGUCAAAAACUUUGUCGUCGAUGUGCAGGCAUACCCAGCACCAAAAAUGUACUGGUUGAAGGAUAACGUGACUCUGAUUGAAAAUCUUACCGAGAUUGUUACUAGUUCCAACAGAGUCCAGGAAACGAGGUUUCAGAGCGUAUUAAAAUUGAUCCGGGCCAAGGAAGAAGACAGCGGAUACUAUACUUUGGUUGCUGAAAAUGAAGACGAGAUUAAAAGAUACACCUUCUCCUUGCUGAUACAAGUUCCAGCCCUGAUUUUAGACCUCGUGGACGAUCACCACGGCUCCGCCGGUGGGCAGACAGUGAGGUGCUUGGCGGAGGGGACCCCUCUUCCUGAUGUGGAAUGGCUGGUUUGCAAGGACAUUAAAAAGUGUAGCAAUGACACCUCAUGGACUCUUCUGACUAACAAUAUCUCUGAUAUACACAUGGAAGCCCACCUAGAUGAGAAAAACAUGGUGCAAAGCCAGGUGACCUUCCAGAAGGUAGAGGAAACCCUGGCUGUGCGCUGUGUUGCAAGGAACGACCUCGGUGCUGUUACUCGGGAACUGAAGCUUGUGGCUCCCACCUUGCGAUCAGAACUAACAGUGGCUGCUGCAGUCUUAGUGCUGUUGGUGAUUGUGAUAAUUUCACUGAUCGUCCUGGUCAUCAUAUGGAAACAGAAGCCGAGGUAUGAGAUAAGAUGGAGAGUCAUUGAGUCUAUCAGCCCCGAUGGCCAUGAAUACAUUUAUGUGGACCCAAUGCAACUGCCUUAUGACUCCAGAUGGGAGUUUCCUCGAGACGGGUUAGUGCUUGGUCGAAUCCUUGGUUCUGGUGCCUUUGGAAAAGUAGUCGAAGGGACUGCAUACGGCUUGAGUCGCUCUCAACCGGUGAUGAAAGUAGCUGUGAAAAUGCUGAAACCUACAGCGAGAUCCAGUGAAAAACAGGCGCUUAUGUCUGAACUGAAGAUAAUGACACAUCUCGGGCCCCACCUGAAUAUCGUGAAUCUGCUUGGAGCUUGCACAAAAUCAGGUCCUAUUUACAUCAUCACUGAAUACUGCUUUUAUGGCGAUUUGGUGAACUACCUGCAUAAGAACAGGGACAAUUUCCUGAGCCGACACCCAGAGAAGCCAAAGAAAGAUUUGGAUAUCUUUGGGAUGAACCCAGCUGAUGAAAGCACAAGAAGUUAUGUGAUAUUAUCAUUUGAAAACACUGGAGAAUACAUGGACAUGAAACAAGCCGAUACCACUCAGUAUGUGCCAAUGCUGGAGAGAAAGGAGGGAUCUAAAUACUCUGAUAUUCAGAGAUCUGUGUAUGAUCGGCCUGCUUCAUACAAGAAGAAAUCUAUCUCAGAAUCAGAAGUCAAAAACCUGCUCUCAGAUGACAGUUCAGAGGGCCUCAGCCUACUGGAUUUGCUGAGCUUCACCUACCAGGUUGCACGAGGAAUGGAAUUCCUGGCUUCUAAAAAUUGUGUGCACCGUGACUUGGCAGCUCGUAAUGUCCUCCUGGCUCAAGGAAAAAUUGUGAAGAUCUGUGACUUUGGGCUGGCUAGAGACAUCAUGCAUGAUUCCAACUAUGUCUCCAAGGGCAGCACUUUCCUCCCAGUAAAAUGGAUGGCACCUGAAAGCAUUUUUGACAAUCUGUACACAACAUUAAGUGAUGUCUGGUCUUAUGGCAUUCUGCUGUGGGAAAUAUUUUCUCUUGGUGGCACACCAUAUCCUGGCAUGAUGGUUGAUUCUACUUUCUACAAUAAGAUCAAGAGCGGCUACCGAAUGGCCAAACCCGAUCAUGCUACCAAUGAAGUGUACGAGAUCAUGGUAAAGUGCUGGAACAGUGAGCCAGAGAAAAGACCUUCUUUCUACCAUUUGAGUGAAAUUGUGGAGAGCUUGUUGCCUGGAGAGUACAAAAAGAGCUAUGAGAAGAUCCACCUGGACUUCCUGAAAAGUGAUCACCCAGCUGUCACGCGCAUGAGAGGGGACUGUGACAACGCUUACAUUGGUGUCACCUACAAGAACGAUGACAAGUUAAAGGACAGGGAGAGCGGAUUUGAUGAGCAGAGGCUGAGUGCUGACAGCGGGUACAUCAUCCCCCUGCCUGACAUUGACCCCGUUUCUGAAGACGAGCUUGGCAAAAGGAACAGGCACAGUUCCCAGACAUCUGAAGAAAGUGCCAUUGAAACUGGUUCCAGUAGCUCUACUUUUAUCAAGAGAGAGGACGAGACCAUUGAGGACAUUGACAUGAUGGACGACAUUGGGAUCGACUCCUCAGACCUGGUGGAGGACAGCUUCCUGUAACCCCACCAACACCUCCCAGCUCUGCACACGAGGAAGCUCGCCGUGUCGUCUACAGACUUCUGCUCCGCAGAGAAAACCACUUUAUUGCAAUGUCAAGGAUGUGAGGAGGAGGCGGAUUUGUACAGAGAAGCUCCCAGCGAUGGGCAGAGGGAUCAGCCUGAGCGUGAAUGAAAGAGACAUGUCGAAGAUGGAUUUUUUUUUAGUGUUGCUUCUUGCAGUAGCAUCUCAGUGUUGUUUGCCAUUCCAACUGGUAGGAGGAUGAAGGAAAAGGCCACAAACAGACCAGUUUUGUGUUUCAAGGGCAUUCAUAUGACUUUGAUGGACCGAAUUUCCACUGCAGCAAUACUUCACCUUUGUAAUUAUGUAAAUAACUGUCUACUCAAGGAUCUUUUGAGGUGCACAUCGAACAUAUGCCAUGGAUUUUUGAAGAGAUCAUUCAUGAGUUUUGUGUACUUCCUCCCUCAAUCUCAAUGUCAGCUGCUGUUGAACUAUCAUGUGAAUUGAAGAACAUGCAAAAACCACUUUUGGACCAAGAAGGUCUAAAACCACAAGGGACUGACCGGUACUACAAAACAUGUUACUUUUUACCAUUAAUGCAAGUAAAGGGGAAUAAUAAAAAUAAUAAUAAUAAUAAUAAUGAUGAUUAAUAACCAGUCUAUAAUAGGUGUUAGAAACCUAGUAAGUCUUUAUUAACUAUAGAAGAUAGCUGUUUUCAAGAUAAUACUACUACCGUUUUCAGUAACAUUAAAUGUAUAUUUUAUAAUUCAUUGUCCUUCAGUAAAAGCACAGUCUCAAGAAACAUUUUUAAGUACAAGGAAAAAAUUUAUGACCUGAAAAUUUUUAUGAAACAAUUCUGUUAUUUGGCUGUACACAAUAUGGUAACUGCUCCGGUUAGCUAAAGCUACUUUAACAUGGAGAAAAAGUCAAGAUUUAGUUUUCUGUCAUGAGCCGAGUAGUUUUUCUAAUCAGAUUAGAAGAAAUUAUUGUCCUCUGAUUAAGUGAGGUUCUAAAAAUUUAAUUAAAAAAAAAUUAUGCCAGAUUUUCAAGAUGCUCAAGAAUGGAAGUUUUGAUAAAUCACCAGCAACAUCUCAUUAUUAUUAUUUCAUGGGUACUCAAAAGAAAUCUUAUACGAUGGUUAGCUGUGAAAAAUUGAUUUGAUAUUUGAACUGCUCAAGGAACAAAGACACCUCUCCCAGACUGGAACUCCAGAUUAAAUAAGCAGAAAUAAUUCUGCAGCAAAUAUUUUUGUCUUAGUUUUCAGGUUUAAAGAGGAACAGAACACUCUGACUAUUAUCUUUGCAGACUGUAACUACAAACGGUAAUUGCUUCCAAGAGUAUUUUUCAGAAGGUCAUGCAUGAAAAUGAACGUGCUCGCAGCCUGAAAUAGUUGUUUUUGGAUACCAUUCACACGAGCAAAGUAUUACGAUUCCUGCUAUCACUGUACAAGGUGUUACUGAGAUAUGAUGCUUUGGAAGACUUACAUGUGAAAAAAACCAAGGUACAACACUGCGAAGGGCCCCAUCCUUUCUGGUGCUCAACUUUCAAACUUCACCUUAAUUCCGUGCCCCCGGUGCCUCGCGGGAGGUGCUCAGCCUCUGGCACGACACAACCAAUGCAAACGUGGUGCAAACCCAUCCCUGUGUUGCAGCAUUUUUCCGAGGAAGCGUGACAGAGGGACCAGCAGUGCCCGACAGAACAUGCUGCCGUGUUAAGCUACAGUUUGACUUGAAAUGGCCCUAGGAAAAGCUACACAAGUCCCCUUGGCUUCAUUGUUGUGGACGGUUGUGGAUCAAAGGAAAGCAAAUGUGAUACUGUCAGUGUUACAGGCAAAUACUUCUGGGUCUGGGUUUCAAAGCAUCGCCCGGCUGAAGCCACGUACAGGCAUCCUGCAGAUGUGACAA